AUGUUCAUGUCUUGGGAUCAGGCCAUAAUACAGUUAAGAAGUGACGACACUGAUAUCCCGAGCGGCCGCUUGUCGAUCUGCCGAUCCCCUGCCUCGCGUGCUCUCUGGAGCCGUGGGACCCCGGACCUCACUCCACAAUCCCUUAACCCUCAAACCUCACCACUCUGCCAUCCUAUCUUAGGCGCAAAGCAUAAUAUCCCACCACUCAGCAUGGGAUCAACAAGUGUCUUUGCCAAGACUAUCCUCAUCCCAGCCGCAAUUGCACUAUCAAUCUACAUUCUCGCCUCAUGUGUGAUAUUCCCCUUCUUCCGUCGGUACCACCAGCGCUACUCGCAAUACCUCCCGCUACACAGUAUAUCCGCACACACACUAUCCCUACGCGACCGCAUAGCCGAUAAAGUGAUGCACUUCUGCCUUCCCUCUCGAUGGCGAUGGGGGGCACAUAUAGCUGACCACGAUACGGAGAGUAUUGACGACGAGGAAGGGGAGAUCUUGGUGGGGAUGGAUAUGGAUUCUGUGAGGCGGGGUACACUGGAACAACAGAGACGUGAUAAUCUGGCUGAUACGGAGAGUCGGCUGAGUCGGGAUUUGGAAGAGGGGUUUAUGGAUGAUAGUGAUUCGGAGGGGAGUGAGAGGAGUGGACAUGGACGGAGAGGGAGGCUCUGA